AUGGAACCUACCGCAGCCCAAAAAAAGGAUGACGAGGAAGAGCUGAUGGAUAUUGUGGCUGCCAGCAGCCGAGGGGAAAAUGGAGAGCUCAGAAAGCUGUUUGAAUUGGAGGCGCAACAGGCAGAAGAUGAACUACCAAAGAGAGAGGAAAUCCAUACCUGUAUUAGGUCAUUCCAGUCAUCGCAGCAUGAUCCCAGCACAACAGGCAGCAAAUCCACAGGAGAGGAAAUAAAAGAAGAAGAAAAGGAAGACGAUGCCUUUAUUUUGAAGGUAGUACAGGAGCCAAUACAGAAUCAUCGUCAGAUUACCACUGAUCUCCAGAGAACCACAACAGUCAGUCUAUGGGGAAGUUGGUGGCUUGCUGGUGUUCAUGAAUGUCAAUGGGGAGGAAUUUCGUGUGAGAGAGAGAAAAACGUUACUGAGUUGCGGCUUUGGAACAAUGGAUUGAAUGGCCCUUUGCCCACAGAACUUGCAAGCCUUCCUGCACUGGAAUUAAUUGACCUUAAGGGGAACCAUCUGACAGGCACGCUUCCAUGCCUAUAUGGCAGCUUCCUCUUACUUUCUUACUUCAAUCUCGUCAACAGCCAACUAAGAGGAAGUAUUCCAUUGGAAUUGUUUGGAAACAAGCUCUCCUCGAUAUUUUUAGCAAACAAUUCAUUGACAGGGACAGUGCCCACAGAAGUUGGACUCUUUGAGCUCUUUCGGACUGGGAAAGGAGACUAUCUCUCCAUAUAUUUGAAUGACAAUAAGCUUACAGGAGCUCUACCCACUGAAAUUGGAGCAUUGCAUGGCCGUGAUAAUCUCGCCGUCCACCUGCAAGGUAACCCUUUGCGAGGAACCAUCCCAUCGGAAAUUGGGCUUCUGAAAGGCUCUCUCAGAGAACUUGAUAUCAGUCGGACCCAUAUGGAUGGCUCCCUACCUGAGGAGCUCUUUACAAAAUGUACCAAUGUGGAAUUUCUGAAGGCCUCCAACUGUGGCUUGACAGGCACAAUUAGCACUGGACUGCAACUCUUGUCAAAGCUAUACACCUUUGACAUUUGCAACAACAAGUUCCAUGGCACCAUCCCAGCACAGCUUUCUGCUCUAACCGACUUACGUCACUUUUUUGUGAAUGGGAAUAACCUGUCUGGUUCCAUUCCAUCAUCUGUCUGUGCUUUGGCUGACCCUCUCAAGGGCACAUUUGAAGUGGCAGCUGACUGUUUGCCAAGGGAUGGCACAGGCAAUCCCAUGCUGCAAGCUGCAAGCUGA